AGCGGAGGAACCCCUUAUUAACCCAGAUCAGGAACAGCCGGGCAGUUGAAGGUUUGCAAACUCAGAGAGAAAAUGGACCACAGUUGCCCUAACAAAGAAGCUUUUGAAUUCCAUUUUGAUCCAAAAGAGUGUUUGAAACCAUAUUCUUCCUUUGACUCCACAAGCAAUGAAAAAAAUGAUAUUUUGAUGUUUCUUCUGAGAAAUUUCUUUAAGACCUUCAUUUUGGAUGGCGUUAAAGGCAACACCCUGAUUCGUAUUGGUGCUCAGCCCACCAUUUACGAACUGCUGUCUGCCUGUGAGUCCUUCAAGGAGAUCAUUGUCACAAACCAUACGGAUCUGAGCUGCCAGGAAGUGCAGAAAUGGCUAAAGAAAGAGCCGGGAGCAUUUGACUGGACUCCGGUGGUGAAAUACGUGUGUGAGCUGGAAGAAGACAGGAAAAAGUGGGCUGAGAAGGAAGAGAAAUUACGAAGAACGGUCAAGCAGGUUCUGGAAUGUGAUGUCACCAAAUUCAACCCUGCGACCUUUGCCUCUCUGCCCCCUGCUGACUGCCUGCUCUUAAGCCAGUAUUUAGGAGCAAUUUGCAAAGACCUGAGUACCUACCGUGCUGCCCUGAAGACUGUCAGCUCCCUGUUAAAGCCAGGGGGUCAUUUGCUGAUGGUGACCACAAUGAAGUGUAGUCAUUUUGUAAUUGACCAGCACAAGUUUCCCUGCCUCUUUCUGGAGAAGGAGUGUCUGGAGGAAGCAGUGAAGGAGGCUGGCUUUGAUAUUUUGAAGUUUGAGAUGACUCCCAUAUGCUAUCCUAGUAGUUUGGUAGAGCAUGAGGGAGUCUCUUACCUAGUUGCUUCCAAAGGGAAAGGCAAAGAAGAUUAAAGAAAAAAAUACAUCAGCCCAAGGCAAGUAGAGAAGCAGAAUAGAUUAGCUGUAGAUGCUGGUAUAUCUGAAAAUCAAUGUGCGCUAUGGAGCUUCAAUGACCUCCAAGCACCUUGGAGAACCUGUUUGUUCAGGGUGCACUAGCCUGAACCCCUUCUUGUGCCACUAAAGCUGCCCUCAUCCCUGUCCUUUCCCAUUCAGAGCUGCCAUAAUAUCUCCCUGGCCUCCAACCCCACGGUGCUUUAUCCAGUGCAGCUGCACCCUCCCGGGCUUCA